AUGAAUGUCAGCGGCAAGAAAGGCCAGCGGAAGACUGUGCUGUUGUUCUGCUUCUCAUGGUUGCUGAUGCAGUCAUCUUUUUCACCAGGCGAGCUUUCUUGUGGAGACGACGCCUUCGGCAUCGUCUGGGGUUGCCUGAAGACAUAUGUAUCCGCCUUAGUUGUUGCAGUGCUGCCGGAAGCGGCCUUGAACAUCACUGACUGUGAGGCCAAGACCCCAUGGCAGCUGCUGGUGCCUCGGCCCAGUGCCUGGUCACCGGCAGCAGCGGCUGCGUUGCCAACGGUCUACACCACAGUUGACGUGGCUUUUGCAGAGUUGGCGAAGCUGAAGAAGGGGGAGAAGGCAACCGCACUCUUGAAGCACCCACAGCCGUCUUACAUGGGAGUGCUCAUCCAUGCAGCCACCGGCGGUGUGGGACUCGUGGCCGUGCAGUAUGCGCAGCGACUUGGAGCAGAGGUCUACGCCACAGCUGGUCGGGACGAGAAGCGCCAGUUCCUGCGAGAUCUCGGAGUCAAGUUCAUUACGUCGUCGAGAAAUGGCGACGAAUUCGAGACAGAGAUGAAGGGCUUCCUCAAGGGCUCUGACGGGAUCCACGUGGUGCUCAACUCCCUCAGCCAUGACAAUUUCAUCGGCCGGAGCUUGGGCCUCUUGGCGAAAGGCGGCCGCUUCGUGGAGAUCGGCAAGCGCGAUGUCUGGAGUGUCGAGGAGGUGAAGAAGUUCCGGGCGGACUUGAAGUACCACCUCCUGGCCAUCGACGGAGUCUGCGAGAAUGAGCCUGACCGCUACCAGGGCCUCUUGAAGCGGCUUGAGAAGGACCUGCGAGGCUCCUGGAAGCCGCUUCCAGCACAGGAGUUCGAGGGCCUGGAGAAGGGAGUGGAAUCCUUGCAAUUCCUGCAGCGGGCGCAGCACAUUGGCAAAGUGGUCCUGAAGGUGCCGCAUCGGAUGAAGCUGUCUCCAGAGGCAAGCUACGUGCUUUCCGGUGGCAUGGGCGCCUUGGGCCUCAUCACAGCCCAAGCCCUCGCAGAGGAGGGCGCUAAGAGUCUGUUGCUGCUGUCUCGCAGUGGCAAGCCGGGAUCCGAAGUGGAGCAGCAGUGGAAGUGGCUGCAGCAAUCCAGCCUCCAAGCGACUGCUCUGGCCUGUGACGUGGCCUCCGCAGCUGGAGCGGCCGAUCUGAAGAAGAGGCUCAAAUCCGCCGAGCCGACCGGCAAGGGCAAGAAGCCUGUGCGGGGCUUGCUUCAUCUGGUCUUGGAUGAUGCCAUGCUUCCUCAGCUGACCCGUCAGAAUCUCGAGCGGGCUUAUGGCGCCAAGGUCAUAGGAGCUAAGCAUCUUCACAGUGCGGCUGAUGGUCUUUCCUUGGACUUCUUCGUGCUCUAUUCCUCGACAGUCAGGGGAACUAUGCAGCAGCCAACACAUGCCGGCCUGGAUGCCCUGGCUCACCACUGGCGACUCAGUGGGGUGCCGGCUGGCAGUGUGCAGUGGGGUCCCUGGCUGGAGGUGGGCAUGGCGGCGCAGAACAACUCCUUCUCCAGGUUGAAGAUUAACGGCAUCAGCAAUGUUGGGAAUGUCGGUGCUGCCCGCAGCUUAGACUCUCACUUCCCAACUUCGCACAUGUCCACGGCUCUGACCACGCCCCUCUCCGGCGGGCGCCUGGGCUGCGCCCUGGUUCAGUGGGCCGGCUUCCUGAAGCAGCCCGGGCUUUGUACUGCAGUGAUGCAAGGCUCGGUUGCUGCAGAUGUUAUCGGGUCAGCCGUGGACAUGGAUGAGCCUCUCAUGGCGGCUGGCAUGGACUCCUUGUCCUCCGUGGAAUUCCGCAACCGGCUGACUGCUGAAGCCGGGGCAGGUAUCAAAUUCCCGAACACGCUCAUGUUCGACCACCCGACGCUGCGAGCAAUCGCGGAUCUGGUGCAGUCCCAGAUAGUGACAGACUCACCGGCAGUUUCGGCGACACCCGAAGCGAAAGCCAUCGUGCGUACAGGAAGCUUCACUGUGGCCGUCCAGGGCCUGGCGGCCUUCUUUCCAGGGGGUCCGGAAGGCUUGGAGUCCUGUUGGUCCCGGUGGCUACAGCGCCAGGAUGCCAUCACAGCCGGCGCCUUAGCGCUGGGGAACGUAAUGUACGCCCGCCACGGCGGCUUUGUGGAGGGUGCAGAAUUCUUCGAUUCGGGCUUCUUCGGCAUGUCCGCGGCGGAAGCCAAGACCAUCGAUCCACAGCAGAGGCUUGCUCUCGAGAUGUCCUACGCUGCGUGCCACCACGCCGGCCGUGCAAAGCAAUCGCUAUUGGGCUCCGACACCGGCGUCUUCGUCGGACAGUGUAACAAUGAUUGGGCCAAGUUUUCCAAGGAGCGAUCUGCGAAUCCGUACACGGGUCCCGGUACACAUGCGUCCAUCUCAUCCAACCGAAUCUCCUACAGCCUCGGGCUCAGGGGUGCAAGCGCCUCCGUGGACACGGCCUGCUCAUCUUCCUUGGUUGCUCUGGACAUUGCCUGCCAAAAGCUGGGCUUGGGUAUGCUGGCAGCCUUGAUGACCGGCGUCCAGCUGAACCUGAUAGCAGAGCCCUUCGUUGCAUUCUCAAAGGCGCGGAUGCUGUCCCCGGAUGGCCGCUGCAAGACCUUCGAUGCCUCGGCAAACGGAUAUGUCCGUGGCGAAGGCUGUGGCUCAGCGUUGCUGCAGAUCGCAGCCGGAGCCCUGUCAAUCGCCGAACUCUUGGGAUCACAGAUCAACUUGGUUGAGUGCCAUGGCACUGGCACUGCCCUUGGUGAUCCCAUUGAGACCGGGGCGCUCAAGGCCGUGCUGGCGCAGGGACGUUCGAUGCCUGUGCAGCUCGCGACCGUGAAAACCAAUAUCGGAUUUUCGGACGUCAGACACUUGGAGGGAGCAGCUGGAGUGGCCGGUCUGGUGAAAAGUAUGCUGGCCUUGCAGCGUGGUGGAGGGCUCAGCGAGGAUUUCGGCACAGUUCCUCCAAAUGUUCAUUUCGCCAAGCUAAAUCCCACAAUCGACCUCGAGGACUUUGCUGCUGAGAUCCCCACUGUUGCGCAGCCUUUGCAGGGUGGCACCAAUGCGCAUGUGAUCUGCAAGCACACAAUCACCGAUGGUGGUCCAAAGGCCAAGGCCGCGUCCAAGAAGCGCGUGGCAUUCCUCUUCACUGGCCAGGGCUCCCAGCGCGUCGGGAUGGGCAAACAGCUCUACUCCUCCGAGGAGUCCUUCCGCUCUGCACUAGAUGUGUGUGCGGAGCUGUUGGAUCCGCUGCUUGAGAAGCCGUUACUCGACGUGCUAUUCAAGGCACCGGGCACCGUGAUUCUUUUUAUCCACUUCGGCAGUGAAUGGGGCUCGGGCUGUCGUGUCGAGGCGGAGAACCGCGAGUAUGCCGCUGCUGUCGUGGCGGGUGUCCUCGAGCUCGAGGAUGCCGCACGCCUGGUGGCGGAGCGUGGCCGUCUGAUUGCGGAGCUCUGCGAGGGAAACAUUGGCGGCAUGACAGCCUAUGCUUCACAGGGUCAAGACGUUUCUGCGAACUGGAGGGCCGCCGCAGCCGAGGACGUGCUCAAAGUCCUUUCUGGACUAUCGGAGAGCGAUCGCAAGGAGGUGUCAGUUGCUGCAGUGAACGGACGCAAGGACUUGGUAAAGCAAGUGGUUCAGAGCACGGGCGCUGGAAACAAGGACAUCUGUUUCCGGUUUCUGCCGAAGUGGUCUCAGAGGAGGAACAAGCAGGAUGUGAUCGAACAUCAAAGCGAGCUCAACGUCUCUCAUGCGUUCCACUCCCCGUUGAUGGAGCCCAUGCUUGAGAGCUUCCGGACGGAGGUUUCCUCCGCGAAGCUCUCCGCUCCGCAAGUGCGUUUCCUCUCCACGGUGACGGGCAAAGAGGAGAGCGAUCUCUUCAAAGAUCCCGGCUACUGGGUCCGGCAUGUGUCGCAGGCAGUGAGGUUUGCCGACGGCAUGGCAGCUCUGGAGGGGCUUGGGGAGGCCGAAGCUUACCUGGAAGUGGGCCCGGAGCCCACCUUAGUAAAGAUGGGGAAGCGAUGUGCCUCUGGUCCCGCGGCCAGCAAAGAGUGGCCCUGGUUGCAUUCAAUCGAGCCCGAACAGGCUGAGGGCAGCACGGUGGCUUCGGCUCUCUCGCAACUGCAGGGGGCGCUGCCGGCCCUUCAGUACAAGCGACAGCCCUUCCCCUGGCGGGACGCGGGCCCCCGGCUUCUCCGAAAGCGCAGCGAAGGGCAAAACGAGGUCCUCUUCGACUGCCCGGUCCGCGGUGACAUCUUCCAGGUGUCUGCCGAGCAUGUGGUCUACAAUGAGAUCGUCAUCCCGGGUGUGGUCUUUGUGGAGAUGGCCAUGGAGGCUGCAAGGGCACACCUUGGGCCAGAGGCCCAGCUGCGCGACAUACAGAUGGUAUGGCCCUUCGUGGUGCCCAAAGAUGGGGACACGGACAGCAAGCAGAUGAUGAUGCGCUUGGCCAUUAUUGGCAACAAGCGUUUUGAGCUCCGGAGCCAGGGCCCGGGUGACGAUGCUUGGACGGUUCACUGCGAGGGUCGCGUCGAAGCCACGGGCGGAGGGCCGAAGGCGGCAGCCACCAUCGACCCGGAGCAGACGCUCUCGGCGUGCGCUGGGAGGUGCCCAGAGCAGGUGGAUCCUGGGAAGCUGUACCCCUUGGUGGACAGCACGGGCCUAUGGCUGGGGCCGAAGUUCCAGGUCUGCCAUGACAUGCGCCGCAACCCGGACGAGAUCUCCUGCCGCAUGCAGCUCAACUCCGACGUGCCAAACCAGGGCUACAUCAUCCACCCAUCUCUCUUCGACGGCACCAUCCAUGCUGUUUGUGCCACGAUGUUCGAUCAGGAUCCGCCCUUCCUGAAGAUCUUUGCUGGUGUUGGUAAAGUCACCGUCGUGGCCAACGAGGCACUCACUGGAGCUCCAAAGGACCAGGCCGUCGUGCUGCAUCUUCGCAUCGAUGAGAAGACCGACCAGCAGCAGAUCUUCACAUGCCAGGUCUUUAGUGAGGCGGGCUCCCUGCUCUGGAAGCUGGAGGAUGUGAUUUUCCGGAAGGUCCUCCCGGAACAGAUUCAGAAGGCUUUAGCCGCCACGAAGGCCAAGGACGCCGUGAGCUUCUUCGAGACCAAGUGGAAGCAACUCCCCGAGGAAGCUCUGGACUCGGAGAGCGGCCUCCUUCCCUCCGAAAACUCUGAGGGCCGCUGGCUCUUCUACGCCGAGGCGCCGCUGCUGGAGGUUCUCAAGAAGGAUCUGGGCGAGCAACACGUGUACAUCUCGUCCAUGUCUGAGAACGGUCUCGACUACGACAACUUGACGCGCAUCGUCUACCUUCCCGCAGAUAAAGACAGCCCACUGGACGUGCUGGACAACGGCCUCCGCCUCAUCCAAAAGGCGCUGCAGGUGGGAGAUGCGGCCCCGGAAGUCUGGUUUGUCCUCCGUGGCACCCAGGCUUUGGAGGCGUCUGCGCUGAAGGGCCAGGGGCUUCCUUUGCACGCGGGCUUGUGGGGUUUGGCCCGCUGCUUGCGCCUCGAGUCUCCGGGCUCCGUCGCUGGCUGCGUGGACUUGGGCCCUCUCGAGAAGCCCAAGCCCAAGGACAUCGUGAGCAGGCUCCGUGCCCUCACGACGCGGCGCUCGGGCGAGGCUCCGGAAGUGGAGCCGGAGCUCUUGCUCCAGGGGCAAACGGCGCCCACCUUGUUGGUCUCUCGGCUGGAAGAGACGACGGCGAAGUUCCAGGAGGUGGAUGUGGAAGCCUACAGUCUGGGGGAAGCCAGCUACGUCAUCAGUGGAGGCACGGGUGGCCUCGGGCUGCUUUUUGCUGCAUGGUUUGCGGAGAAGGGCGCCGGACAUCUGGCACUGCUGUCUCGUAGCGGCAAGAUCGCACAGGAUCCUGGAUCUGCUGCAGCCUAUGCCAGGCUUCAGAAUACAGCAGCUGCAACCACUGUGGAGUCGUGCGACACCUCUGCCGGGCGUGUGGAAUGCGAUAUCGAACCAUUCUGUGGGAGCGCUGUGGUAUUCGGUGAUGAGGUCUUGGAUGAUCACUUGAUCAUGGUGGAUUUCUUCGCGCUCUUCUCCUCCGUGGCGGCAAUGCUGGGCUCUCCGGGCCAGGUGUUUGAAGUGCCAGCCCUGGGCCCUGUGCAGGCAAACUACUGCUCGGGCAAUGCCUUCCUCGAUUCCUUUGCCCUUCACCGGCAUGGCCAAGGCCUGCCAGCUGUGUCGGUGCAGUGGGGACCCUGGGCUGAAGUGGGCAUGGCCGCACGGGCCGGGACGACGGAGAGCGGCGGCUACCUGCGCUUGGAUCCCACCGCCAGCUUGCAGGCGAUGGGUGCAAUCCUGGCCGCAAGUCCAUCGCCGGGGCUUGUCGGAGUUGCUCGCAUCAACUGGUCCUCCUUCUUUGCGGCGCAGCCGAAAGUACCAUGCUUCCUUGAGAAUUUCCAGCACCACAAGAAGUCGACAGGUGUGAAGAUGGGAAGCGGAGGGGUUCCGAAGGAUCUGGUGAAUUCCACCAUCAUCAACGUGCUUUGCGACGUGCUGGGGGAUCCUGACCUCUCGGACUUUUCGGUACCUCUGAUGGACAUGGGCUUGGACUCGCUGUCGGCCGUUGAGUUCCGCAAUCGCGUCCAAGCCUCCUUCGAUGGCCUCCACCUCGCGUCUACCGUCAUGUUUGACUAUCCCACGGUUGCAGACUUGACCGACUACAUCGUGGCGCAGUUCAGCGACGGAGACGAAGGUGAUGAAGCGGCCGUUGGAGGCGUCCGGGAUCUCAACACGAACGAGCCCAUGGCCACGAUCGGAAUGGCAGCCAGGUAUUGGGCGAUGCUCUGUGCAGGGCUUGACAUGAUCUCUACAGUCCCCAUUGAACGAUGGGACAUCGACCUCUACCACGAUCCUGACCCCUCGGUGCCGGGCAAGAUGUACACUCGCUGGGGCGGCUUCAUUUUCGGCCUGGAGGGCUUCGACAACAAGAUGUUCGGCAUCGCGGAGCCGGAAGCACAGGCCAUGGACCCACACCAGCGGAUUCUGUUGGAGGUGGUCUACGAGUCUUUCUGGCACGCCGGCCUGGACAAGGAGCAGCUGUCCAACACCAACUGCGGCUGCUACGUCGGCUGCGCCACUUUGGGUGGCAUCAGCGUCCAGGACUUCCCGGACGAAGACAUCGGCCCCUUCACCAAUAUCGGCUCCUUCCCAUCAGGGAACUCGGGCCGCGUCUCUCACGCACUUGGCCUUCGCGGGCCUUGCUUCACUAUCGACACCGCAUGCUCGUCGACGCUGGUGGCACUGGACUGUGCUGCCCAAGGAAAGCGUCUUGGAAAGUGUGACCGCAGUAUCGUGGCCGGCAGCAAUCUGUCACUGGGCUGCAAUGCAGCUGUGUCCGAACACGUGGGUGCCCUGGCAGCAGAGGUGGGCUUCUGCAAAAUGGGGAUGGCUCUCUCGCCCGAUGGACGAUGCAAGACCUUCGACGAAUCCGCCAAUGGUUUCACCCGUACCGACGGCGCAGGGUCUCUGAUCUUGGAGCUGGCAUCGUCUGCCAGCAAGGCCGGAAAGCAGGAAGUGGCUACCGCACUGGGGGUCUGCGUGAACCAGGAAGCAUCGGUGAAGGCGUUGGAGGUGUCACUGGUGGAAGUCCAUGGUACCGGCACAUCCCUGGGCGAUCCCAUUGAGGUUGGUGGUAUGAAGAGCACCUUAGGCAAAGGUCGCACGGAAGAUGCGCCUUUGGUGCUGGCCGCGACGAAGUCGAUCAUCGGUUCUGCGGGGGUUGCCGGCCUCAUCAAGAUGAUUGGUGAGUUCAACUACAGGAUCGUGCCGAAGAACCUGCACUUGAAAAAGAUGAACCCCAACAUCGACUUGACCGACUUCCCCGUCAUCAUGCCGAGCAGUAUUAUUGAUUGGAAGGGAUCCCGAGCAGUUGCGGGCACAUCUUCCUUCGGAUUCUCUGGUACCAACAGCCACGGCACCUUGGAAGCUCCGGGUGGAGGAGACGGAAAGAACGUGAUCUUGGAGCGCCCUGAGAAGCUGAAGUGGAAUCGAACCUACCAUCGGAUGUACCAUGACUGGUCUCAGGGCCUCUGGUUUGCCAGCGAGUGGCGUGCCGCCCCUCUUCCUGCUGCCACAUCCGAAUCCGGCCCUUGCCUGGUGAUCGGUGGUGCUGCCUUUGGGGAUGAGUUGAAGAAGCUGAUGGAGAUCAGCUCGGUGCCGGCGAAGGCAGACGAGCUGGAAGCCAAGAUUCAAGGCAAUGCCUGGAAGACCGUGGUCUUUGCGGAGACCCUGGUGGCAGAGGAUCCGACUGCGGAGGGCCCCGCAAUGGCGGCCUUGCUAAGUGCGGCCCAAGCUGCUGCGAUGUCUCCGCAGAUGCGCUUCGUCGUGCUCACUGCAGGGGCUCAGGAGGCGGAGGCUUCCGGUGAGGGCAUGGGACGUGGCCUCCUGGGUGCGGCGGCCUGGGGCUUCAUGCGCUCCAUGCCGCUGGAGGCCCCGAAGCUCCAAGCCCAGGUCAUCGAUCUGACGGGGCCGUGUUCUUACACCGGGUUCCUGACUUCUUGGGUGCAGAGCAUUGCAGAUGAGCUGUCCUGUGAGGACUUGGAGCGUGAAGUUUCCUAUGGAGAGGAUUCCGCAAGGCGCGUGCCGCGUUUGGCGAAGUACACCAUGAAGCCGGGCGUCAACACCCUUGCAGAUCCCGCGAAGACGCAGCUUGUCACCGGCGGACUGGGUGGCCUUGGCCUACAAACCGCCCACGCCCUGACGGAUCUCGGUGCUCGAAACCUGCUCCUGGUCUCCCGUCGCGGGGCCGUGGCUUCUGGUGAUGCUGCGGCGGUGCAGCAGCUGGAGGAUCUGCAGGUGAAGCCCGGAGUCACUGUGCACACCUGGGCCUGUGAUGUGGGCCAGAAGGACAACGUCACGGCUCUGAUGCAGCGUCUACAGUCGGAAUUGCCCGACAAUCCUCUCGGCGGGAUUGCGCAUGCUGCGGGAAUCAUCGACUUCGUUGAGCUUAAGGCUCAGACCAUGGAGCGCAUGAGCAAAGUCUUCAAGCCGAAGGUGUCGGGUGCGUGGCACCUGCACGAAGCGAGCAAGGACCUCGACCUGGGCUCCUUCGUGGGCUUCUCCUCUGUCUCUUCACUGAUCGGGCUCUCGCGCGGCACGAGCUACUCGGCUUCCAACGCCUACUUGGACGGCCUGGGCCUUUGGAGGCACAAAGCCACUUUGCCCUUCUCCAGCGUCCAAUGGGGCCCCGUGGCGGAGGUCGGCAUGGCCAGCAAGGAUCAUUCUGGGCAAGCCGACUCGGCAUUGCGGCAGCUGCCGCCUGGCCACGUCCAAGCGGCCUUCCGGCUGGCCGUGGUGGGAAACGGCAACCGCGGAUGGCCCUUGCCGUCCCUGUGUUUUGCACAGGUGGAGUGGGGCCGUUUCCUGCGUGAGCUCGGGGCGGAGAUUCCCAUCCUCGAGGACUUUGCCGGCGAGGAGGAAGCGGCCAUCGCGACCGGCACGGCCACCGCUGCCCUGCCGGCGGCUUUCCGUGGCCUGGGCCCCGAACAGCUCGAGGCAAAACUGGGUCAGGUCGUCCAGGGAAUCGCUCUGGGAAUUCUGGGCGUGGACGAGCUCACUGCGGAUGCUCCGCUCAUGGAGGCCGGCCUGGAUUCCUUGUCUUCGGUCGACUUCCGGAAUUCCGUGGCGAAGGCAAGCUUGACUGCCCAGUUUUUUUGGGGCUUCGCGGAGCUGCCGGGCCUGAAGCUUCCGAGCACGCUGAUGUUCGACCACCCCACUACGAAAGCCAUCGCCGCCUUCGCUACAGAGCAGCUCGCGGCGGCAGCGGCGGCACCACCGCCCUCCCCCGUUACGGCUGCGCCGAUGGAGUUGGAGAUCUCCUUCCCAGGAGACUUCGAUUCCCUGAGCUUCGAGGAGAAAGAGGAGUUCAAGGCCCAGGCGCUCAAGGAGAUUUGCGAGAGGACCGGCUUGCGGCCGGAGGACUUGGAGGAUUUGUGCUUGGAGCCCGGCUCCAUCAUCGUCAAGGCCAAGAUCCGGGAGACCUCGGAUCUUUCCGCAAACCGGGCCCAGGCUGUGGUGGCUGAGAUGACCGAACGGCCCAUGUCCGUGGAGCUGGAGGGUCACGAAACCUUCUUAUCCCAAAGUGCCUCGAGCUCUUCUGCAGCCCCGGCACCAGUGAAGAAGGGGGCGGCCGCCGGUCUCCGCCUUCCGCGGUCGCUCCCAGCACCGGGCCCGGCGGCAGCGCGGUCUCCGGUCGCGGUGAACUCCGCAGCCUACCGCUUCCCUUUGGAGGGCACAGCACCGGACGAAAUGUGGGAUGUGCUGACAAAGAAGACAGAUGGCGUGACUGAGAUCCCACUGGAAAGAUGGGACGUGGAUGCCUACUACGACGAGGAUGCAGAGGUACCGGGCAUGAUGACGGUGCGACAUGGGGCUUUUGUCAAGGGAGCCGACCUCUUCGAUGCCUCCUUCUUUGGCCUCAGCCCUGCUGAGUCCAAAGUCAUGGAUCCUCAGCAGCGGCUUCUGCUGGAAGUCAUCUACCAGUCUUUCCACGUGGCUGGCAUGCCUUUGAGCUCCCUUACAGGCAUGGAUGCCGGCAUUACCGUCGGUCAGUGCAACAACGAUUGGGGUCACAUGGGCUUCAGCGGCUCCGCUGAAGCCUCGGAGAAGAUCGGACCCUACACCGGCUUGGCCGUUUCCACCUCCAUCUCCUCCAAUCGUGUCUCCUACUUGCUCGGCUUGAAGGGUCCCAGUGCCACCGUCGACACCGCCUGCUCCUCCUCUUUGGUCGCCGUGGAUGUCAUCGUCUCGAACCUUCGACGUGGCAGAUCCACAGUCGGGGCGGCGUCGGGAGUGAACCUCUGCCUCAUUCCUGGUCCGUUCAUUGCUUGUAGCAAGGCCCACAUGCUGUCAGAGGACGGACGUUGCAAGACUUUCGAUGCAUCAGCUAAUGGCUACGUUCGUGGAGAGGGCUGUGGCUCAGCCACACUCUCACUGCUCGACGGCGGAGUUGGCUUGAAGCCAGUGGUGGUGCUGAAGGGCUCAGCGGUAAAUCAAGAUGGCCGCAGCAGUAGCCAGACCGCCCCACACGGACCUUCGCAGCAGGCGGUGAUCAUGACUGCCCUAGCAGAGGCGGAAUUGGAUCCGCAGUCCGUCUCCUGCAUGGAAACGCACGGGACAGGCACUGCCCUUGGAGAUCCCAUCGAGGUCGGAGCCCUGGGGAACACUCUUGGUGAGGGCCGCUCAGCCGACGUGCCACUGGCCCUCUGCGCAGUAAAGACGAAUCUGGGCCACCUGGAAGGAGCUGCGGGCAUGGCAGGGCUCUUGAAGGUGAUGUGCAUGCUUCCUCGGCAACGAGCUCCGCCGAACCUGCAUUUCCAGAAGCUGAACCCCCACUGCGAUUUGGAGGAUUUCCCAACCAACAUUCCGGUGGAGGGGCUUCUGGAGCUUGUCUCGGUCGCAGACCAUGUAUCGUCUGGCCUUUCCUCCUUUGGAUUUGGAGGCACGAACACGCACGUGGUCUUGGAAGACGCCCGUGACAUGGUGCCAGUGACCUCGGUGGAGGUGGCGCCGGUCUUCAAGCGCCAGUCCUUCACCUGGCAAGCGCGGCGGCAUGCCCUGCUGUCGCGGACGCUACGCACGGCCGAGGGCACCCAGGUCUUUGCCCAGCCCUUCGCAGGGAAGCUGCUGCAGCUUGUGAGCCACGGCCUCAGCUGCUUCGCAUUGCUUCGGCAUCUUAAGGCCCGGCCUGGCAUAGAAGCCCCACCCGAAGGUCACCACAUCAUCUUCGGAGAGAUCGUGGUGCCCGGGGCAACCUAUCUGGAAAUGGUCCUGGCGGCGGGCGAGUUCCACCUGAACUGCAAGGACAAGCAAUGGAACAUCCGCAAGGUCGGCUUCACGGCUCCUCUUGUGCUGAAGCAAGGGGAAGAGCAAGGAAAACUGGCGCGCGACGUGGACUUGCCACCUCGGCUCGCAUUCGGAUUCGGGUAUCUCGAGCUCUUCCCCGAUCAGCACUGGUCAAUGAGCAGCUACGAUCCGAAAGAGCGGAAGAAGCUGGCGACCCAUGCAGAGGGAGAUCUGGACUUGAGCUUCGUCCAGCCGGAGUAUCCCUCCGUGGAUCUGGAGGUCAAAGUGUUGGUGCAUGCAGCAACAGGGCUCAACCAGGUGCGCCAGCGCUGUGAUGAGGAGGUGACCAUCGAACGCCUGUAUGCCCUGCGGCAAGCAUGUCAAGAGGUGAUUCAGGUGCUACUUGUUCCUUUCUCCAAGAUCGGCUUGCCGCUGCAGCCUCGAUUCAGGACGGUGCGGCACAUCCUGCGUGGAGAGAGUGAGGUGCUUGCGCGGAUAGCUGCCGAAGACGAUGGCACAAACAGCGGUUACCUGUUCAAUCCUGCAGUCAUCGACGGGACCUUCCAGGGCAGCAUGGCUCUCAUGCUCGAGCGCCACAGCACCAAGAUCGAUGGUCUUAACUCGCUGCGCAUCCCGCUGAUGGUUCAGACAGUCACCCACUACGCACAAGGAUCGCAGACGGAUAUUUUCGUUCAUCACGAGCUCGUGGAGAUCACCGACCGGGAGAACUGUGUCAACUCCAAGCUGUGCAAGCAGGACGGAACGGCCAUGCUGGGCUUUGAGACCUUGAGGCAGGAAAGGUUCCGAGAGGUUCGACCUGAGCACAUCGCCAAGAUGCUGCAACAAGCAACGGAUGAUGUGGAAGAAGAUAUCUUGGAAGUGGACUGGGUGCCCAUGGAGGGAGCCCUUGGAAAAGCCAAAGACGCGACCGGCAAGGGUGCCACGCCAGCCCUGCGCCAGGCUCUGGAGAAGCUCCUCCAGGAAGGCACCAAAGCGGUCGUGCACCUCGGCGCCUUGCAGGACUCGUGGUCAGAAGAGGGGCGGGAUGCGGCAGAGCUGGCCGUGCUGCAGGAAGCGGUAGCCUUGGCACAGGCAGCCAUUGCCGUGAUCGCAAAGGGUGAGGAUGCUCCACAGAUUGCCUACAUGACUUACGGAACGCAGGAUGUGGCUACAAGCAGCGGGGCCGGCAGCUAUCUUCAUGCAGGUCUCUGGGGCCUGGCGCGCACGGUGCGUAUGGAAGAGCGAUCGAUCAAGCUUCGCUGCUUCGACUUGGACUCGAGCCACGAGGACCCGGAAUCCGCUGCCAAGGCGAUUGUGGAGCAGCUGGGCAGCUUGACCGGCAUCGGAACUGGUGGCGGUGAGACGGAGUUGGUCCUGAGAGAGGGCGGCACCCAGGUGUCCCGGCUCUCCCGCAGCCAGGUGCAGGUCCAGAAGCCCAUGCGCUUGCAGAUGUCCUCGCGAGGGAGUCUCUCGAACCUUCGACCCGUUCCCCAGGCCUCGCGACCACAGCCAGGCCCGGAGCAGGUCGAGGUGAGGAUCCGCGCCGUGGGCUUGAACUUCCGAGAUGUCCUGAGCCUCGGCCCGAUUAUAGAACAGUCCUUUAAGGGAGCUUUGACGGAGAACGUCAUGGGCAUGUACCCGGGAGACCCUGGCAAUCCAGGAGGAGACUGUGCUGGCACCGUGUGCUCCGUCGGGGGCGGCGAGAAGGAGGCAGCGGGCCUCCGACCGGGACACGACGUCUUCGGCAUUGCAUGGGGCUGCUUGCAGACCUACGCAUGCACGGAAGCGUUGCUCUUGGCCCCCAAGCCCAAGAAGUGGUCCUUCGAGCAGAUGGCUGCCUGGUCGGUGACCUUCGCCACCACCGAGGAGGCCUUCCAGGAGCUGGCGCCGGUCCAGAAGGGCGAGCGCGUGCUGAUCCACGCGGCCACCGGCGGCGUGGGAUUGGUGGCCGUGCAGUUCGCCCAGCGCGUGGGUGCCACCAUCUUCGCCACAGCUGGAAGCCCGAACAAGGUGCAGCACCUGCGGGACAUGGGUGUCAAGUACAUCACAAGCAGCCGGGAUGUUAAGAAGUUUGAAGAGGAUAUGAAGGCCUUCCUGAAGGAGGACGGUGGCGACGGUGUAGAUGUGGUGCUCAACUCUUUGAGCCACGACGACUACAUCCCCAAGUCUCUGAGCUUCCUCUCGAAGGGAGGGCGUUUCAUGGAGAUUGGCAAGAGGCUCAUCUGGAGCCAUGACCAAAUGAGACGCGAACGUCCCGAUGUGCAGUAUGAGAAGAUCGCCAUGGAUUGGGUCAUGGAGUUCCAGCCGGAGCGCUACAACGUGCUCAUGCGGCGGCUCGUGUCCCAAAUUGAGCAAGGAUGGUGGAAGGAGGUGCCUCUGACACUUUACGAGGGCUUGGCCUCCGGCAUCGAGGCAAUGCGCUACCUGCAGAGAGCUCAGCAGAUAGGAAAGGUCGUGCUCACGCAGCCUUCCAGGAUGGAGUGCUCUGAGGAAGGAUCUUACGUGCUCUCUGGUGGUGUCGGUGCACUUGGCCUUGUGACAACCAAGAUGAUGGCCGAGGAAGGUGCCAAGUCCGUGGUGCUACUUUCCCGACGUGGCGUGGUAGGCGACGACCUGAAAUCGAUGUGGGACAAGCUGCAGGACUUUGACAUUGAGCUCCUCGUCAAGCCUUGCGACAUUGCCAGCCUGACUGAUGUACAAGAACUGGUGACCAAUCUCAAGAGCAGCUCAAGCUACACCGUAAGAGGUUUGAUCCACUUGGCCGCCGUUUUGGACGAUGCCACGCUCCCCAAGCUCACAAGGAAGCACUUGGAAAAGGCCUACGGGGCGAAGGGCAACUACUCUGCCGCCAACGCUGCGCUGGAUGCUCAAGCGCGCUACUGGAAGGCCUUGGGCGAGAAAGUGGUCGCCGUGCAGUGGGGGCCAUGGCGGGAGGUUGGCAUGGCGGCCCAGAAAGGAACGGUGCAACGGCUCAAGGCCCAAGGCCUGGGUAGCAUUGGCAACGUGGUUGGCAUGGCAGCCCUCUCUGGGUCUCUGCGUGCACCCGGCAGCAUCAUCGCAGCUUGCCCGGUGCAUUGGGGACAGUACCUGAAGCAGUUUGGCAAGGCUACGCCAGCUUUCUACUCCCGAUUCCGCCGGGAAGCUUCCAGCGGACCCGGCGCGGGGGCCGGUGCCAGGGCAGUGCCCGGCGUGGCCCUGGCUCCAAGGGGCCCGGCGAUCAGCGCGGAGCAGGUCCAGGCUAUGGUUCUUCAAGUUGCUGGAGAGACCACCGGCACGACCGUUGGCGCGCAGGAGCCGCUCAUGGAAGCUGGCAUGGACUCGCUCUCGGCUGUCGAGUUCCGCAACCGCCUGUCCAAUGAAUUGCAAGGGGUCAAGCUGCCCAACACACUGAUCUUCGACUACCCGACAGCUGCAGCCAUCAGCAUGUUCGCGGCUUCUCAGUUGAGCCAAGUGGCGGGCGCGGGACAGGUUGCUCCGGUGGGUGCUCCUGGCAUCAAUGCGUCACAGGUCGAAGCGCUGGUGCUUGAGAUCGCGAGCGAGGUCACCGGUCACGGCGUGGAUCCACAGGAGCCCUUGAUGGACUCUGGUCUCGACUCUUUGGCCGCCGUGGAAUUCCGAAAUCGCCUGUCCAACGAACUCCAGGGCAUCAAAUUGCCCAACACCUUGAUCUUCGACUACCCGACGGUCGCCGCGAUCAGCAACUACGCCGUGGCACAGCUGGGCCCUGCAACAUCCGCGCUGGGCCCAGUCUCCGGCGGAUCGUUUGUGGCCUCUGGUGCCUUUGCCUCAGUGAUGGGCUUGGCUGCCAGUUUGCCCGGCCGCCGCGACGAUGGCUUCUGGGAGGACUUGGUGGAGAAGAAGGACUCCGUCAUUGAGAUUCCCUUCACACGCUGGGAUCUCGACGUCUACUACAGCCCGGAUCCGGAUGCACCCGGCAAAACGUACGCAAAGCACGGCGGCUUCAUCGAGGGCGCCGAGCUCUUCGACCCCUCCUGCUUCGGCCUCUCCGCUGCGGAGGCUGCGACCAUCGCGGCACACACGGCCUUCCUGGCCUCCGGCAAAGAGCGGGAGCAGCUGAUGGGCUCGGACGUGGGUGUCUUCGUUGGGCAGUGCCAGUAUGACCGGGGGCUCAAAGAAUUUUGCCUGGUGAGCUGGAGAGAUGAAACCAUGGGUGUGCAGGACUGGUUCGUGAUGGUGUCGGUGGGCGACAAGUUCAAUCCAUACACCGGUGUUCACUUGGUCCUGUGUAAUUACGUGGCAGGGCAGCUGGCUGGACAUAGCAUCAUGUACAUCCUUGCUGCCCAGGCGCUGUCUUCCCUUCGCAGGGGAACAGCAGAAGGCGCCCUGGCUGCCGGAACCAACCUGAUUCUCGGUACUGGCCCUUACAUCAGCUUCAGCAAGGCCAAGAUGCUUUCCGAGGAUGGCCGUUGCUUCACCUUCGACGCCUCGGCAAAUGGCUACGCACGUGGAGAGGGUGUGGGAGCAGCGUUCCUUGCUGUCCUGGCGGAUGGGGACGGAGAUGUGUCCGCCCGAGCCCUGCUCCGGGGAACGGCUGCAAAUCAGGAUGGACGCUCGGCGUCCCUCACAGCCCCCAACGGUCCAUCACAGCAGGCAGUGAUCCGGCGUGCACUCUCGGAAGCUGCGGCCAGCGUGGGCGAGGUGGCUUUGAUUGAGUGCCAUGGCACCGGCACUGCUCUCGGGGAUCCCAUCGAAGUGGACGCUCUCAAGACGGUGCUUGGUGAGGCUUCCUCUGUGGCUUUGGGAGCAGCGAAGACCAACAUUGCGCACUUGGAGGGUUCAGCAGGCAUUGCUGGCUUCCUCAAGAGCAUCCACAUGCUGGAGAAGAAGCAGGUUCCUGCUAACUUGCACUUCCAGAGCUUGAACGCGCACAUCGACUUGGAAGACUUCCAGGCUGUCAUUCCCGUGGAGCUGCACGAGCUUCCUUCUGGCAACGUGGUUUCAGGCCUCUCCUCCUUCGGAUUCGGUGGAACGAAUGCGCACCUGACCUUCGGCAGCUCUUCGGGGCGAGAAAGCCAGCGCAUGACCAUCUCAGAACCGGCAGCGAUCGAGGGAGCCAUCACUUUCAGGCACGCUUCUUUCCCUUGGCGCGAGACGGCCUACCGGUGUCUGCGGCGGAAGAUCACGGAAGGCCGGGAUGUGCACUACGAGUGCACCAUCAAGGCGGACAUCUUCAAAGUCUGUGCCGAGCACGUGGCCUUCAACGAGAUUGUGGUGUGGUCUACGUCGAACAUGCAAUGGAGGCCCACCACGGCGAUGGGUGACAAGUUCGAGAUGCGCAGCUCGCGUGGGGACAGCACCGAGAUGAUCACGCACUGUGAAGGACGUAUUGGCCGGGGUCUGGCAGAGCCAGCCACCAUCAAUCUGGAGGAGCGUCUGUGGAGGUUUGUGAUCUUCUUCCUCAUUACGGCGAUGCAUGUGAAUAUUGUCGUCUGGAGUAUCAACACGAUCAGAAACUAUCAAGAUCGAGCAGCACAAGACUGGCACUGGGAGGAGCUUCGACAGAUGUGCACGGAAGAGGUUGAUCCCAAGGACGUUUAUGCGGCCAUUCACAAGGGUGGGCUCUGGCUUGGACCGCGCUUCCAGGUGUGCAAGCAGAUGCAACGGAUGCGUACGGGUCCUUCAGGGGAAGGUGGUGACAAGCAUGUCUUGUGUCGGCUGGAGCACUCCCCGGAGUCGCAGCCCAACCAGGGCUUUUUCAUGCAUCCGGCUACCCUGGAUGGUACAAUCCAUGUGCUUGGAGCCACCAUGGUUGGCUGGGAUGCCCCUCUGAAGAUCUUCUCCGGCAUGGGUCGAGUGCAGGCUGCGACGGCGCACGUCCACCGGAACUUUUCGAGAGAUGAGCAAUACUUCGUGCAUCUGGACUUGAAGACGUUUUCCGAGCAGGAACAGGCGCAUCCAGCCCUGCUUCACGUCUUCGACUCUACGGUCGCCACAAGCGACGGCGAAGUGCUCUUCAAGGGCACCGACGUCGCCUUCCGCAAGGCACCCUCUUUCCAGGUCACGCCAGAACAGAUCAAGAAAGCCAUGGAAAGCCAGAUGGCAGAGGAUGACCAGAAAAUCUAUGAGGUGCAGUGGUCGGAGUUGAAGCCGUCGAAGUCGCAAGAGGAGGAGGGCGAAGUCCUCUCGCAGCUACCAGGGGCGGAGCUUUCCGGCAUCUCUGACGAGGCUUUGGAGGCGCUCGAAGAAGGUGGUCUGGCUGGCCUGACGAGAAUCAUCAGCGCCAUCGGCCUCUCAAGUGAAGAUGCUGCGAGCGGCUUGGAUCAUGCUCUCCGCCUCAUGAAGGUGCGCCGCUACGCUUUCUGCCUAAGUCGGCGUCCGUCCGCGCGCAUUGAGAGUCUGCCGACUUUCGCGUGGCCAGGCCUUGGUCAAACUGCCGCCGGGCUCCGACGCACCCGAGCUGUGGCCUCUUGGCCUCUCUUUCCGCUGCUUGCUGCGUGCCUGCUGCCACUAGAGGACGCCCUCGUGUUGUCUGGGAUCUCUUUCGGCCGUCUUAGGUUCCUGACCCGUCGAGCGAUUGCCGUGCAGCGCAGCGACAUCGAUGAUGUGCCGUUCCACGCGGGCAUCUGGGGCUUAGCCCGUGCUCUGCGCGCAGAGCGCCCGGACCUGAAGGUGGUUUGCUUGGACGUCGCAGACCUGGAUCGGCUUUUCCAGGCCCUGGCCUUCGAUACCGACAGCUGCCCUGGGCUCAGUCCGCGAUUUUUGGCGUGUCACCUCUUCAGUGGCGGCACCGGCGGUCUGGGUCUUCUCUUUGCAGGGUGGCUGGCGGAACAGGGUGUGAAGCACCUGGCGCUCAUGUCAAGGUCUGGACGGAUCCAAGACGAGUCUUUGCAGAAGCUCUUGGACAAAGCCUCCAAGUCCUCGAAUGUGCAGAUCUUCAAAGGAGACAUCGGUAGUGAAGCAGACGUGGGAGAAGUUCUUGGGCAAGCGAACAAGACCCUGGCAACAGUGAGGGGCAUUUGGCAUGCUGCUGGGGUUUUGGAUGAUCAUCUGAUGGCCGACUUGACGAUGGAGCACUUCGAGAAAGUGCUGCUCCCCAAGAUUACAGGCACCCUGAACCUGCACAACUCUUCCGCGAGGAAAGGCUUGGAGUCAAAGUUGCAGCAGUUUGUCCUUUUCUCCUCCGUUGCGGCCAUGAUCGGUACCGCCGGACAGGGCAACUACUGCGCUGCUAACGCGUUCCUUUGCCUUGUGUUCAUGGACUCGUUUGCCAGCUAUCGUCUCGCGCGCAAUCUCCCGGCUGUAUCUGUGCAGUGGGGCCCAUGGGCAGAGAUCGGCAUGGCUGGUACUUCGGAAAGUGUCGUGCUUCGUAUCGGUCUGGCCGACGGCCUGAAAGCCAUGGAGACGAUUCUGGGGGCACAGCUUGGCGGCCACCUGAGUGGUGCGGCGGCUGUGGCUGGAGUGGCCCGCAUCAAGUGGCGCUCCUUCCUCUCGCAGCUUCCCGAGGUCCCAUCCUUCCUGGAAAACUUCCAGCAGUAUGCGCCCAAGGAUGCCAAGAAGGGCGGCAGCCUCGUGGCUAAGGGUGCAGCGCCCUCCAAGGACCUGGUGAGAGCAGGCAUUGAGAAUGUGCUCAAGGAGGUCUUGGGAGACGACAGCCUUGAUGAUUUCAGUGCCCCAUUGAUGGACAUGGGCUUGGACUCACUUGCAGCCGUGGAAUUCCGCAACCGUGUCCAGGCCUCCUUCGAAGGUGUGCGGCUGAGCUCCACAGUGAUGUUUGACUAUCCCACCGUUGCAGAUCUCACAGAUUUCAUCUUGUCCCAGUUUGCCCCGGAAGAGGAUGCUGCCGCCGGUGGUCUUGGAGACGUUGGUGGUGCUCUCCGGGAGCCUUUGUCCAUGAUUGGCCUCGCAGGCCGAUAUCCUGGCAUGUCGGCUCACAACGAUGUCUCCGAGUUCUGGGCGUCUCUUUGCAGCGGCCGAGAUCCCAUCUCGCAGAUUCCCAUCGAGCGGUUCGAUGUCGAUGAGUUGUAUGAGGAGGACCGGUCUGCGCCGGGGCGCGUGUACGUCCGUGAGGGUGGGUUCAUCCCAGGCAUCGAGGAGUUCGACGCGGCAUUCUUCGGAAUUGCAGAGCCUGAGGCUAGAUCGAUGGAUACUCACCAGCGCCUGCAGACAGAGACCGCCUACGAAAGCUUCUACAAUGCCGGCUUUACGAAGGAGACCCUCUCAAACGUGGAGUGUGGUGUUUUCAUGGGUUGCUGCACCCUCACCGGCAUCACAGUGGAGUAUGAAGACAUCGGGCCAUUCACUAACAUUGGCUCUGGACUCUCUGGCAUGUCUGGUCGAAUUUCGCAUGCACUCGGCCUUCGGGGCCCUUGCUUCACCAUCGACACCGCCUGCUCAAGUACCUUGGUGGCCAUGGACUGUGCGGUGCAAGCCUCGCGACUAGGCCGCCAGGAGCUGGCCUGUGUGGCAGGGACGAACCUGCAGCUGCGCACAGACAUGUGGGUCGGCUUCUGCAAGAUGACGGGCCUGGCUGGUGACGGACGCUGCAAGACCUUCGAUUCCUCUGCAGAUGGCUUUGGCCGUUCAGAGGGCUCGGGCUCCGUGAUUCUGCGUUUGGCCUCUGCCGCGCAAGCCAAGGGUGAGUCGGCCUUGGCCCUGACGAAGGGCAGCUGCGUGAACCAGGACGGGCGCAGCGCCACCAUCACAGCCCCCAGCGGCCCGGCCCAGCAGCGGGCCUUGAGCAACUCGCUCCGGGACUCGGAGCUCAAGGCCUUGGAGGUUUCGCUCGUCGAAUGCCAUGGAACCGGAACUGCGCUCGGAGAUCCCAUUGAGGUAGGAGCGCAGGAGAAGAUCUAUGGCAAGGAUCGUGCAGAUCAGGACCAGCUGAUUCUCGCGGCUGUGAAGUCGGUUAUUGCUCACUUAGAGGGAGCAGCCGGUGUGGCAGGCCUCACCAAGCUGGUGAAGAUGAUGGAGCACAAGCAGGUGCCGCCAAACCUGCACCUGAAGAAGUUGAAUCCAAACAUCGACCUUUCCAACUUUGCCUGCACCAUCCCCGACUGCGUCAUUGACUGGAAUCCCCCUGCGGGUGCCGUUCGUGUGGCCGGCGUCAGCUCCUUCGGCUUCUCGGGCACCAACUCGCACGUCAAUCUGCAGGAGGCACCCCAGGCUGAGCUCGAUGCUGUGCUGCAAGCCGCCGCCGAGAGGUCCCCACUGGUCUGGUCUCGGAGCGACUUGUCUUACAAGGAUUGGGCCAAGCAGCUUUGGUCCACCAUUGCGUGGCAGCCGCUGCCGGCCAGCCAAGCUACCGUGGAUUCCGCCGAAGACUGGCUGGUGCUGGGCGGAGGCGAUCUGGUGUCGACAGCCGCGAAGGCGGCCCUGCCCAAGGCCACGCAGGUGGACAUGAGGCGACUCGCAAGCAGCAAAGACAUCGAGAAGCUGCUCUCUGAAAGGACCUGGCAGGUGCUCAUCUUUGCAGAGCCCUUGGUUGCAGAAGACCCAAAGCUGGACGGCCCGACCUUGGCAGCUCUGCUGCGCUUGGUGCAGGCUCUUUCCCAAGAGAAGCGCUCCCUGAAGCUGGUGCUCAUGUCUCUCGGUGCACAGUCGGCCUCCUCCGGAGCCUCCGGAAUCGGUCGUGGCUUGCUGGGUGCUUCGUGUUGGGGCUUCAUGCGCUCCGUUCGUCUGGAAGUUCCCAGCCUGCAGCUGCGGACCGUGGACUUCGCCACGGAUGCAGAUCUCUCCGACUUGUUGCCGAAGGAGCUGGCAGCUGCCGGAGACUGGCCAUCGGAUGAGGAGAAAGCCGCCGAAAGUGCGGAGAUCGCCUACAUCCAAGGCGAGCGAUGCACUCCAAGGCUCAAGCUAACACCCGUUACACCCGGCACGCAUAAGUUGGAGGCAAAUGGGAGCCACAUGAUCAGCGGCGGUUUCGGUGGCCUUGGCCUCUCAAUCGCACAGGAGCUCGUUGACAUGGGAGCUCAAAGCCUGAUUCUGGUGUCCCGCAGCGGACGAGUCUCCGACGAUGAGAAGUUGCAGCAGAUGUUCAAAGAGCUCCAGGCAUCUCCUGCGACGGUCCACACGUGGUCCUGCGACGUCGCCGAUGCAGGCAAGACGCGUGAGAUGCUGAAGAAGACCAAGUCCAUGGAGGCUCCUUUGCAAAGUGUGGUGCACGCCGCCGGCAUCAUCGACUUCUGUGAGCUCGGUAAUCUGACUACAGAGGGUAUGGAUGCGGUCUUCAAGCCAAAGGUCCUGGGGGCCUGGAACCUACACAGCGAGAUCAACUCGGGAGAAGUGGACCUGGCAGCCUUCGUGCUGUUCUCCUCCGUCUCCUCCUUGGUGGGACUGUCCUCCGGCAUCACCUACUCGACGUCCAAUGCCUAUCUCGACGGUCUCAGCUUGUGGCGCCGCGCGGCCGGCUUGGCAGCGACCAGCUUGCAGUGGGGUCCAGUCGCCGAUGUCGGCAUGGCGGCCAAGGGCGAAGCCCAUGGUGCAUCCGACUCGGCACUAAAGCUGAUCUCCCCCAAGCAUGUCCGCAAUGCAUUCCACCGCGUGCUCGCGAAGCCUCGCCUGGCACUGCCGCCUGCGCUGCUCUUUGCAAGAGCCGAUUGGUCGCGCUUCAUGCAGCAGGCCAGCAGCUCCGUCGCUGCUCCCAGCGCCCUCCUGUCGGCCCUUGAGGGCUUGUCCCCGGAGGCAGUGCAGAGCCUCUUGGGUCGCAUUGCUACCCGAACAACGGAGAAUCGGCAACAGUUUCUGCCCAUCAAAAGCUGUGCAUCGGAAACCAGCGUUCUGCGGAAACUGCGCAUCGGAAAAACGACGCACAUCGGAAACUGCGCAAUGGAACCGACACUGCGAAUCGGAAACGGCGGAGGGGAAGCCUAUGAUGACGUCUAUUCUACCGGUGCUUCCAGAAUUAACAGCAUCCAUGCCCGAACGAUGAUAACAAUGCCGCCCGUGCAUCGACUUCCGGGAGCAUCCGUGCCCAAUAGCGUCCCCCGAGCCACCACGCCCAGCAAAGGUAAGCUGACGGCGACAGUCUUGGACGUGGCCCAGGGUGUGUUGGGAGAGACCUUGGAGGAAGAUGCCCCACUCAUGGAGGCGGGCUUGGACUCGCUCUCCGCUGUGGACUUCCGAAACCAGGUAGCAAAGCAGUUGCCAGGACUGAAGCUGCCAAACACGCUGAUGUUCGACUAUCCCAGCCCGGGUGCCAUUGCAAAAUACGCUGCGGCUCAGCUGGCACCAUCCGCUGCACCAGCACUGCCCGUCAUCCGUGCACCGGUGGCAGACGAGAGGGGGCCACUCGCAGCGUUGUCUACUGCAUGCCACUUCCCUGCUGAUGGGGAUGAUUCCCAGACUUUCUGGGCAGCCUUGGUGAGUAAAACGGACGGCGUCACCGAGAUCCCCUACGAUCGAUGGGACGUAGACGAGUAUUAUGAUGCUGCUCCUGGCACCGUUGGACGAAUGUAUGUUCGCCAUGCUGCAUUCGUGAAGAAUGCUGAAUGCUUUGAUGCCGCGCUGUUCAGCAUCUCCGGCGCAGAGGCUGCGAGCAUGGACCCCCAGCAGCGACUCCUUCUGGAGAUCGUUCAGGAAGGAUUCCACGCCGCCAAGUCGCUGCUGAGCAUCGGAGGCGCAACGUCACCGCUCAGCACCAAGGACAUCGGAAGUUUCGUCGGUGAGUGCAACAACGACUGGGGCCACUUCAAGAAUCUCGAGACGGAGAAGAUGAACCCUUUCAGUGGCACGGGUGGUUCCAUGUCCAUCUCCUCCAAUCGCCUUGCAUACGUCUUCGGCUUCAAAGGCCCGAGUGUCACCUCAGAUACGGCUUGCUCCUCAUCGCUGAUCGCGCUGGACAUUGCGGCUGCGAACAUCGGGCGAAGUCGUUGCAUGGCGGCGGUGUCAGCCGGUGUGAACAUGAACCUGCUGCCCGGGCCAUUCGUGGCAUGCUGUCAGGCACGUAUGCUUUCAGAAGGCGGCCGAUGCAAGACCUUUGAUGCCUCCGCAGAUGGCUAUUCUCGGGGCGAGGGUGCGGGAACUGUCCUGGUGCGGCGCCUGUCGGAUCUCGGAGACAUGAGCGUAGCGGCCGUGAGUGGCACGGCAGCGAACCAGGAUGGCAGGAGCUCCUCCCUGACGGCUCCCAACGGCCCUGCGGGCCUUGCACCAAGUGCCGCGGAUUUCAUUGAGACGCACGGCACCGGCACCGGCUUGGGUGAUCCCAUUGAAGUCGGAUCUCUCUGCAACACGAUGGGCCAGAACCGCAGCACUGCUCUGCAGGUGGGAGCCGUGAAGACGAAUGUCAGCCAUCUGGAGGGUGCUGCAGGUAUCGCCGGUCUCCUGAAGGCUUUGUCGGCCAUGGUCCACAGCCAGGUGCCCCCAAACCUUCACUUGGCCAGCCUCAACCCCCACAUGGACAUCGAAGAUGUGAAGUUCAGCUUCCCUACGGAAGCCGUGGUGGAGCUCUCCCGCGAGACGCUUCGCACCUUCGGGCUCUCUUCCUUCGGAUUCGGUGGCACGAACACGCACGUCACGGGCCUCGCCCCGGCCGGAGAGAAGCAGCAGGAACCUGCAGAGGAGAAGAUCGUCUUCAACCGCCAGCGGUUUGGUUGGUCUCAGACGAAGCACCCCUUGUCAGUGGCACCGCGCAAAGGUGGCGAGCCGGGACUUCAAGUCUUCUCCGCCCCGAUCAAGGGCAAGGUUCUCGAACUCCUGUCGCACCACAUCAUCUAUGGCGAGAUCGUGGUUCCAGGUGCAACGUAUAUCGAGAUGGUGAUCGCAACUUCGGCUUUCCGCCUCGGCAUGGAGGGCAGGCGCUUCGCGUUAGAGAACAUCGGCUUCCAAAACCCCUUGGUGCUUCGGCCAUCCAACGAUGACAAGGUAAAUCCAGAACUGAACCCCGGUGUGGAUCUCUACUUGCAGAUCCAGGAGAAUACGGGCCGUUGGUCCAUGAGCAGUGUGGAGUCCGGUUCGUCCGACGUCAUCAACACACAUGCGGAGGGCUCAUUGAGCUUUCUGGGACCAAAGGGCUCCUCCAGUGCUGCCGAGCUUCGGCACCUACCGCUCGAAGAGAUCCGCUCGCGCUGUCCGGAGGAGGUUGAAGACUCCCGGAUGUAUGUGCCCUUUGCGAACAUCGGUUUGCCUUUGCAGCCGCGCUUCCGAACAGUCCGCAGCAUCAAGCGCUCCCAGGACGAAAUCAUCGCCUGGGUGGCCGCGCAAGAGGAUGGCACCAAUGCCGGCUUCAUCUUUGGUCCCGCCGUCAUCGACGGUAGCUUCCAGGCAAGCUGCGCUUUCCAAAAUCUGGAGGCGCUGCCCAGCCUCCGAAUUCCGCUGUCCAUCGACCGCGUGCAACUUCUGGGCCAGGGCUUCUCCCCCAAGGUUUGGGUGCACCACACUCUGCUGGACAACAGCGAAAAGCAGAUGGAGACCAAUGUGCAACUGGCGCGAGACGACCUGACGGUGAUCCUAACGAUGGAUCGUAUGCGGCUCCGAGAAGUGCGACCGGAGCACAUCGCAAAGAUGCUGGCUGCUUCCGCCGGUGAUGCCGAUGAGGACCUGCUUGAAGUCGAGUGGGCUCCUCUCGAGGGGAAGUUGGGGAAAGCGGAAGACAAGGCCCACUUGGCACGGCCCCUCUUCGUGGGAGCAAGCGCCGAGCUUGAGCCGGUUCUGGCGAGGGAGUUCGCACAAGCAAGCUUCGCGCGUGGUGACAAGGAAUCCUUGGAGCAACAGCUCCAGCAAGGUGGCAUCACCGCUGUGGUACAUGUGGCCGCGCUGGGAGAAGCCAACGAGAUGGAUGCCUUGCAUUCAGCGCUCGUCUUGGCUCAGAUUGCUGCCCAGCGGGUUGCUGCUAAGUCGGGUGUUCCACCCAUUUGGUGGGUCACACAUGGCACGCAGGAAGGUACGAUCCGCAGCUACAUGCACUCCGGUCUCUGGGGUCUUGCGCGAACGUUCCGCAUGGAGGAACGGGGAGUUGAGCUUCGCUGCCUGGAUCUGGAUGGAUCGCUGGCUACUUGCGACGAUCUGGUUUCCGACCUGAAGCACUGGCUGACAGUCUUGAAGGGAAGUGAAGCCGAGACGGAGGUGGUGGUUACCGCCACAAGUGGUGGAUCUGCCAGCGUCUCGCGCCUUUCCCGAAGCAAGGCACUGCCCAUGAAGGCCACGGAGCUCCUCAUGUCCUCGCGCGGGAGCCUCUCCAACCUCAGGCCUAUCACCCAGGAGUCCCGACGGGCGCCGGAAGCGACAGAAGCGGAGCUGCGGGUGCGAGCAGUCGGCCUAAACUUCAGAGACGUACUCAACGUGAUGGGCCUGUAUCCUGGAGAUCCUGGCCCUCCUGGUGCGGACAGUGCAGGUACCGUCCUCUCGACCGGCAGCGCCAUCUCGCAUAUUCGUCGUGGCGACGAUGUCUUCGGCGAGUCACCCGGGUGCUUGAAAGUCUACAACGCCGGCCCCGGUGCGCUUCUGACCCCGAAGCCACCGAGCUGGUCCUUCGAGGAGGCCUGCUGCAUGCCCGUGAUCUUCGUCACGGUGGAAGAGGCCUUGGGCGACUUGGCCCAGCUGAAGCGCGGGGAGCGCGUGCUCAUCCACGCGGCGGCUGGCGGCGUCGGCCUCGUGGCGAUCCAGUACGCGCAGUUCGUCGGAGCCGAGGUGUAUGCCACUGCCGGUGCCGACGAGAAGCACCAGUUCCUCCGAUCCAUGGGGGUGAAGUACAUCACGAGCAGCAGGAACGGUGCAAAGUUUGAAGAGGACAUGAAAGCCUUCCUGGCGGAAGCCGGCGAUGACGGAAUUGAUGUGGUGCUCAACAGUCUCAGCCACGACGACUACAUUCCGAGAUCUUUGGCUCUUCUUCGCAAGGGCGGCCGUUUCAUGGAGAUCGGCAAGCGGGGCAUUUGGAGCCACGAGCAGAUGUUCGAGGCGCGGCCGGAUGUCAUGUACGAGAAGAUCGCGGCAGACACAAUGAUGGACAAGGAGCCGUGGCGUUACAACGGUUACAUGAAGCGCCUCAUCAGUCGCGUGGACGAAGGUGGUUUGAAACCCAUCAACAUGCACGUCUUUGACGGCAUGGAGACGGGAGUCAAGGCAAUGCAGUUCCUCCAGCGCGCCCAGAACAUCGGAAAAGUGGUGAUUAGCCAGCCCAGCACUCUGGCUCUCAAGCCGGAGUCCCACUAUGUCCUCAGUGGAGGAAUGGGAGCUCUUGGCAUGGUCACGGCACAGUACCUCCUGGAGGAGGGGGCGAAGUCGAUGACUCUGCUUUCCCGCAGUGGCCGGCCGUCGGCAGACAUUACGGAGCUUUGGAAAGCCCUGCAAGACUCCAGCGUGGAGCUGCAGGCGAGCCCGUGCGACAUCGGAGUCUUGGAUGCCGUGCAGUCCUUGGCCCAGAAGCUCAGGGAGGAGAAAAAGGAAACGGCUGGGCUGAUCCACUUGGCGGCUGUCCUGGAUGAUGCCACGCUUCCCAAGCUGACCCGAGGUCACCUGGAAAGAUCCUACGGGGCCAAAGUCUGGGGAGCCCGGCAUCUCCGGUUUUGCCUUCAGACGAAGAGCUCCUGGGACUUUUCCCUGCUCUUCUCCUCGACCUCCGCCCUGCUGGGCUCGCCAGGUCAGGGCAACUACUCUGCGGCCAACGCAGCAUUGGAUGGCCAUGCGCGCUACUGGAAGAAGUCCUUGCAGGAGCCCGUCGUGUCCGUGCAGUGGGGCCCGUGGAAGGAAGUGGGCAUGGCAGCUCAGAAGGGCACGGUUGAACGUCUUCGUGCUUCUGGUGUGGGAAGCCUCACAAACGCCUUUGGCAUGGCUGCGCUUGCUGGGUGCAUGCAGUCGCUGCCUUCAACAACGAUCGUGGCACAACCAAUGCGCUGGGCAGUGUAUCUCAAGCAGUAUCCGAAAGUCCCGCCUUUCUUGUCCCGCUUUGCCAGCGAGGUGAAGACAGCGAAGCCGAAGAAGGCCGCGACCCCUGCCUUUGCUGGGGCUCGGGCUGCCAUGCCGGCCGCAGUGCCGCAGGUGGACAAGGUGUCUCUGAAGCAGAUGCUUCAGAGCAUUGCUUCGGAAGUGGCCGGUGGCGGAGUGGUGGAUCAAGACGCUCCCCUCAUGGACUCCGGAAUGGACUCCCUCUCAGCUGUGGAGUUCCGGAAUCGGUUCACGAGCAAGAUGCCAGGAGUGAACCUGCCGAACACGCUGAUUUUCGAUUACCCCACCAUCUCCUCCAUUGCCGACUUCACGGCCAGCCAGAUGGGACCCGCGCCAGGUCCGGCGAUGGCCAACGGCUUCCCGGAGGCCAUGGUUUCCGCUGGCCCGAGCCCGACCGAGGUGAAGGAGCUGCUGAAGCGCAUUGCUUCCGACACGACCGGUGGCAUAGUCGAGGAAGACAAGCCCUUGAUGGAGUCUGGCAUGGAUUCGCUCUCCGCCGUAGAGUUCCGCAAUCGACUCUCAAGCGAACUUCCUUCCCUGGACUUGCCAAAUACGCUGAUCUUUGACUAUCCCACAAUCGCCAGCGUCGCUGGCUACGCCACGGAGCAGCUGGGCCCCGGCCCGGGUACCGCUUCGAUUGCCAUGCCAGGUGCGGCUCCGCGAGGUCCGCCGGGGAGUUUGGAUGAGCAGCUCUCCGUUGCAGGAAUGGCUGCAUACUUCCCUGGUGCAUCAUCCACCUGCAAGAGCUUCCACUCUGCUCUGACCAAGGGAGUGGAUGGCGGCGUGGAAGUGCCGUUCACACGCUGGGAGCUGGAGGAGGUCUGGGACCCGAACCCGGAUGCCCAGGGCAAGAUGUAUCCACGACACGGCAACUUUGUCGAAGGUGCGGAGUUCUUCGAUGCCAAGUACUUCGGCAUUUCACCGCCGGAGGCACGCGCGAUGGACCCUCAGCAGAGACUGCUCCUCGAGACGUCGAUGAAUGGUCUGCUGGAUUCAGGGCUGACGAAGGCAGAGCUCAUGGGAAGCGAGGUCGCCGUGCACGUGGGCCUUGCGAACAACGACUGGAUCCAAAUGCAGAGCUGGGACUUCAAGAAGAUCAGUCCCUACACGGCCACAGGAAUGUCCUUCUCUGUCUCAGCAGGCCGAAUCUCUUACGCUUUAGGGCUGAAGGGACCAAGUUACAUCGUGGACACGGCAUGCUCUUCUGCACUGGUCGCCCUCGAUUGCUCUGCCACCGCGCUGAGAAAGGGCCGAUGCAUGGCAGCCCUGAACACGGCAGCCAACAUCAUGGCCAGUGCAACGACAUACAUCAGCUUCAGCAAGCCGCGAAUGCUGUCGGCAAAGGGGCGCUGCUUCACCUUCGAUGCGUCAGCUGACGGAUAUGCCCGAGGUGAGGGUGCCGGAGCUGUGGUCCUUCGUCAGCCGGGAGAUGCCAUCUCUGCCGCAGCGACCGUUCAGACACCCUCUGCCAGCUUGGAGCGCUGUGCGCUUUUGGGUGUGGCUGUGAACCAAGAUGGCCGCAGCUCCACGCUGACGGCGCCGAAUGGCCCCUCGCAGCACAUGGUCAUGAUGAUCGCUCUGGCAGAGGCGCGGCUCGCACCGCAGGAAAUCGUCCACAUGGAGUGUCAUGGCACCGGGACUCCGCUGGGUGACCCCAUUGAGAUUGGUGGCAUCAAGUCUGUAAAUGCUUCCCGAAGCGCUGAAACACCAAUCGUCCUUGCAGCUGUGAAGUCCAACUGCGGGCACUUGGAAGGCCCUGCCGCCUCCACAGGCCUCAUCAAGUCUGUUGUGAUGAUGGAGCACGCAGCCUCCAUGGCUUCGCUGCAUCUUCGCCAGCUGAAUCCGAGCGUGGCAGCCUUGCACGACCUCCCGGGCAUCUUUGUCACCGAAUCCGUGUGCAUCUCCAAGCUGGCCGGCAAGAUGGCGCAAGGCAAGGGCGAAGUUGCGCGCUUGGGAGGAGGCCUCUCGUCCUUCGGCUUCGGUGGAACCAAUGCGCACGGGGUCGUGUCUGCUGCCACGGAGGCAGGGGAAGCUUUCCGCAUGGAGCUGGCCCGCAAGGAGGCCACGGCACCGCCCAGGCCCUUGCCCGUGGCCUUCGAGCGCCGGAACUUCGCGUGGCGAGAGGUGGGCUACCGCUUCUUGCGAGCCAAGCCCAGCGAAGGCAUCUUUGAAGUGGCAAUGCGCAUGGACGUCUACGAGGUGGUGAAGCACCAUGUCGUCUUCGGCUCUAUCGUGGUGCCGGGCGUCGUCUUCGUGGAGAUGGCCCUGGAGGCCACGAGGGAGCUCUUUGGCCCCGGAGUGCGAAUUACGGAUGUGAACAUGAUGUUCCCCUUCGUCAUCCCGCUUCGAACCACUGGCGCCGAGCCUGCGGCGAUCAUGCGCUUCGUCCUCAAGUCCGACACCCGCUUCCAGAUCGAAAGCACCUCGGCAACAGGGACCGUCACGGUUCACGCCGAGGGCGGCAUCAACCGCGCGCCACUCCGGGGCGAAGAAGCGGAGGUGGACAACGCGGCCAAGGCCACUCCUGUCGACCUCGAGUCUUUGAAGGCUCGUGUGGUUGAGGUCGUUCCCACGAAAGAUGUCUAUGCUGCCAUUGACGGCGUGGGCUUGUAUUUGGGUCCAAUGUUCCAAACAGCCAAGCAGCUCUGGCGCAAAGAGCCGGAUGAGGACAGUGAGAGCAAGGUCAUUGAGGUCUUGGGACGGCUGAAGCUGGAUGAUGGCGUUCCGAACGUUGGCUAUGUCCUGCAUCCGGCAGUCUUCGAUGGUACGAUUCACAGCUUAGGAACGGCGUCUGUUGGCAAGAACGUGAAUGACCUGAAGAUCUUCGGUGGUGUGGGCCGCGUCUCCAUCAUCCAAAGUGAGAACUUCUCCCAACAGGACGAGUACUGGAUCUGGCUGAGCAUCAAGGAGAAGCUCGAGGCUUCAGAGACCUUUGACCUAAAGGUCAUGUCCAGCAAUGGCACCGUGCUGAUGCUCAUGGACAAUGUGGUCUUCCGCAAGGUGCUACCCGAGCAGAUUCAGAUGGCGAUCGCUGCACAGUCAACUCCGGAAGAUGACCAGAAGAUCUACGAGAUCGAAUGGCAGGCAGCGACCGAAGUGGAGGAGAGUGCGGACGCACCUGAAGAGCGCUGGCUUGUCCUUUACCAUAAAGCAUCGCAGGGCUUCUUGGAUGAGCUGAAGUCUCUUCUCGGCAGCAAUCACUGCUUCGCGAGCCUUGACACUUCCGCAGAGUGGGGCAAAAUGCACGACUACUCCAGGGUGAUCAACAUCGCGGGCAUCGCGGCCUUGCCGAACAACGCAACCGCAGCCGCUGCCGAAGUCUUGGAUGUGCUCGAUCGCACGUUGCGACUGAUGCAAGCCAUGGCCCAGGCUGCCAAGGAGGACGGUGCCGAUGGCAUGCCGGAGCUCUGGCUUCCGAUUUGCCUGGGCAAUGCCGUUGUUGAUGGCGAUCUGGCUUCGGCAUCUGCCAGGCUUCCGGCAAGCCAUGCAGGAAUCUGGGGUCUUGCAAAGGCCUUCCGCAACGAGCACCCAGAGCUUGCCAGCACGGUGACCUUGGACUUGGAGGAGGCGGAUUGCUCCGCAUCGGGUCUGGCCGCGCAGUUGCAAUCCCUUUCAAAGCAGCGGGCUGCUGGUAUGGCAGAGCCGGAGCUCGCGGCGCGGACCGGCGCAAAGCUCAUGCUGCCGCGGCUCGUGGACUCCACCCAGAGGCUGCAGAACGACGUUGGAAAUCCCAGCUUCGGGCCCGAUGGAAUGUACAUGGUGACCGGUGGAACCGGAGCCCUUGGCCUGCUCUUUGUCGACUGGAUGGUCCGCUGCGGUGCACGGCACUUCGCUUUGCUGUCCCGAAGCGGGCAACCGCCAGCGGACUCCAAAGCCGCCUUCCGAAAGCUCGAGAAGCAGAUGGCCAAGAUGAAGGACGUGACCUUCUCCGCGCGCAAAUGCGACAUCGGCUCCGGUGCGGAUGUCUUGCGUGUUACCACGCAAGUGCUGGACGAGAAGCAUGUUGUCAAGGGCAUUGUGCACGCUGCCGGCACCCUGGCAGAUGGCCUCAUCAAAGAUGGCCAGGACCGCACGACCCUGAAGACGGUGUGCUCGGCCAAGGUGGAUGGUUCCCUCCAGCUUCACAAUGCCGCAGACCAGCUGGAUCUACCACUGGAGUUCAUGUGGCUCUUCUCCUCGGUGGCCGCCAUGAUCGGGUCUGUUGCACAGGGCAACUACUGUGCUGCCAACGCUUUCAUGGAUUCCAUGGGUGCACGGCGGCGUGCACGCAACUUGCCGGCCAUCUCCUUGCAGUGGGGCCCCUGGGCAGACGUGGGCAUGGCGGCAAGGGCCGGAACAUCCGAAGGCAGCAUCGCUCGCCUGGAUCCCGAACGGGGCCUCGAAGCGAUGUCUUUGGUCCUCGGAGCGGCGAGCCUCCUCAAACCCGCAGGUACACUGGGCAUUGCCCGCAUCAAGUGGAAGUCGCUCUUGGGGCAGAUGCCCAAGGUUCCACCGGUGCUGAGCAAGUUUGGUGGCAGCAGUGGUCCAAAGAAAGCAUCGGCUGCUGCGGCUGGCGCAGUCGUCAGCGCUGAUGACAUCAAGGGGGUUGUUGUCGGCGUCCUUCAGGAUGUGCUGGAAGGGGAGGGUGACCUGGAUCUGUCCACACCUUUGAUGGAGAUGGGUUUGGACUCCUUGGCUGGCGUCGAGUUCCGCAAUCGGCUCCAAGCAUCGUUUGAAGGACUACAGUUGUCCUCGACGCUCAUGUUCGACUACCCCACCGUGCCAGAUCUGGUGGACUACAUCUACGGUCAGGUGGGACCUGCCGAAGAUGACCUUGCAGCAGGAGGGGGUGCCACGCUGGGUGACAUUGGUGCCAUGCUCUCCAUCGCAAGCCAUGCUGGACGUUAUCCAGGCUGCUUCACGAACAACGUGGAGGAGUACUGGCACAACAUGAGCUUGGGCUUUGACACUACGACAGAGCUUCCGCCAGAGCGAUGGGAUAUGGAUGCCUACUACGACGCCGAUGUUGAUGCACCAGGCAAGACCUACGUGCGGCUGGGCCACUUCAUUCCAGGCAUCGACCAGUUCGACGGGGACUUCUUUGGAGUCUCUGAGGCGGAGCUGCGAUCCAUGGAUCCCCACCAGUGGCUGUCCCUGGAGAUCAGCUACGAAGCCUUCCAUGCAGCCGGCUUCAACAAGGAGUCGCUGCAGGGCAUGGACUGCGGCGUCUUCGUCGGCUGCUGUAACCUGGGAGGAAACGACGUGGACCCGUACGGGUUGGGUCCAUUCUCCAACAUCGGCUUUGCCUACUCUGGCCUGUCAGGUCGCAUCUCGCACGUCCUCUCAUUGCGGGGCCCCUGCUUCACCGUGGACACGGCCUGCUCUUCGACGAUUGUCGCUCUCGACUCCAGCUGCCAAGCUGUCAGGAUGGGAAGGUGCCAGAGUGCUGUGGCAACCGGCGCCAACGUCCAGCUGUCAGGCUGCAUCUGGGUAGGUUUCUCCAAGAUGCGUGGUUUGGCCUUCGACGGCCGCUGCAAGACCUUUGACUCGCGGGCAGAUGGCUUCGCGCGCGGUGAAGGUCUCGGCUCUGCCUUCAUCCGUGGAGGCUCCGAUGCGGAGGUGAACAACUUGGUUGGCCUCAGUGGGGUCGCAAUCAACCAUGACGGGCGUGCGGCGACCAUCACCGCGCCCAAUGGAACGGCACAGCAGCGUGUGCUGCGGGCGGCGUUGGCAGACCGCGGCACCCAAGGCGAAGAUGUAACGUGCAUCGAAUGCCAUGGCACAGGAACGGCACUGGGCGAUCCCAUUGAGGUGGGAGCACAGAAGGCUGUGUAUGGAAAGGGCCGUAGCGAGUCCCAGCCACUGAUUCUCGCAGCUACGAAGUCCAACAUCGGCCAUUUGGAAGGCUCCGCAGGCGUGGCCGGCAUCUCCAAGGUGAUCCUGGCCAUCACCAAGGCACAGAUCACGCCGAACCUUCACUUGGAGAAAUUGAAUCCAAACAUCGACUUGGGUGGCUUCAACACGCUGAUGCCCGAUAAGCUCGUGGAGUGGAAGAGCGCCAGCAUACGAUCCGGUGUGUCAUCCUUCGGCUUCUCCGGCACCAAUGGCCACGGCCUCAUGGAGGCGAUCCUCACGCAGCCGUCUGAGCCAAAGGUGGUGAAGCCCAUGCACUUUGCCCGCAAGGUGCUGAAGCCCUGGAGGGAGUGGAUGCAGAAGGUGGUUUAUUUUGAAGAAUGGGUGAAGGCCGACUACAGCAUGGCUUCCCCCCUUGAUGGGAAACUCAUGCUUGUCACGGAUGGCGGCGCGAUGGCGGGUUCUCUGACUUCAGCCAUGCCCAGCAAGCCGGUAGCCGUGACGGAGGUGGGGACAGCAGCUGACCUCGGCGACAAGAUGAAGAGUGCUGGGACAACCGCAGCUGUCUUUGCACGCUGUUUGGAGGCAGGCAGAGCCGAGCCCCUGCCGGGCUCACACCUUGAGGAAUUGGUCGCCUUCUUGCAGGGCGCCAUGCUGGCGGAGCUCCCGAAGUUGUUAGUCGUGGUGACACGUGGUGCAUACCAUGGCAAACGAGAAAACUUCGAUGCAGGUGCCUUGAUCUGGGGAUUGAUCCGCUCGGCGAGGAUGGAGAUGCCUCGUGUUACGAUCAAGACCGUGGAUGUGGCGGUGGAUGCAAGUCCCGCAGAUAUCGGGAAGGCCAUUGCGGCCGAGUUGCAGGGACCAGAUGGUGACGUUGAGGUUGCUUACACGGCCGAGGGAAGAUGCGUUCCUCGCUUGAUGGAAGCGCCUCAAAACGAGGCUGCGGCCAUGCAGCGGCAGGAUGCUAUGAGAGACUCGGACUCGGCUGUAGACGUCAAGAAGGGCGUUCAGAUCGUGACGGGCGGCUUGGGAGGACUCGGCUUGGUGGCUGCGGAGGAGCUUGCAGCACUUGGAGCACCAGGCCUCCUCCUCACGUCCCGCAGCGGCCGGGUUGCCGAGGGUCAGAAGCGUCUGGAAGAGCAGCUUCGACGGCUGCAGGCCUUGCCCGGCCUGAAGGUGCAGCUGAAGAUCUGCAAUGCCGGCGAAGCAGGAGAUGUCGCCAAGCUUGUCAAGGAGGCCAAAGAUGCAGGCGAACCCGUGCAAGGUGUUGUGCAUGCCGCCGGCGUCAUGGAUCGUUGCCCUCUGCCGGACCUUGACACUGCGCAUCUCAACAAGGUGCUGGCUCCAAAGGCCAACGGCGCAUGGCACUUGCACAGCGAGUGCCCGGACAGUAGCCUCUUCGUUCUCUUCAGCUCGGUCUCCGCCAUUGUAGGCCUUGCCGGCUCUGCCUCCUACUCUUCUGCCAAUGCGUACUUGGAUGCCUUGGCCAGCUGGCGUCGUGGCGCUGGCCGCUCCGGCGUGAGCCUUCAGUGGGGCCCCGUGUCUGAGGUGGGCAUCACCGCGGCAGCAGGCAGUGAUAACCUGGAGGCCAUGGCCCUGAAAACGCUGUCGCCAGCGCAAGUGGGCAGCGCGUUGCGCCUCUGCCUCGCGGCCCCUACGCCUCGUGCCGAAGUCAUGUUGGCCAGAGUCGACUGGCCAUCCUUCAUGCGAGAGAUUGGCAUGGAGAUCCCGCAGCUCAUGGAUCUGAAGUCCAAGGAGGACUCUGCGGGAGCCGGCAAGACGGUUCAAGGUGCCGGAAGUGCUUUGGCACAGCUACCGCUGGAGGAACGUCGCGGAGAAGUGCUGAAGUCAAUCAGGGCUGCGGCUUCGGGCAUGGGUUUGGAAAUGGAUGACAACACGCCUCUCAUGGAGGCCGGGAUCGACUCGCUGUCUGCUGUUGAAUUCCGGAACAAGGUCUCGAACGAGUUCCGCUCGGUCACUUUGCCAAGCACUCUGAUGUUCGACUACCCCACCCUCACUGCGCUUGCGGAUUACGUUUCCGAGCAGCUGGUGCCGGACACAACGGCCCCAGGGCUGCCGACCCUUGCUAUGCCUCCGCCGGGAGCCCCUUCUUCCAACGAGGCUAUUGCAGUUCUGGGAGGCGCCUGCCAUCUCCCAGGUGACAGUUGGUCUUUGGAAAAGUUUGAUUUCAUGCUCUCCCAGGGCGUGGACUGCAGCGUGGAAAUGCCGCAGAGCAGAUGGGAUGUGGACGAUUACUACGACCCCGAUGCAACAACUGGCCUGAAGAUGUACGUGAAGCAUGCGGCCUUCAUCGAAGGCGUUGAGCUCUUCGCGGCCGCUGCUUUCAACAUCAACAAGGCCGAAGCUGAGACCAUGGACCCACAGCAACGGCACCUGCUGGAGGCAGCCUUCGAGGCUUUCACAGCGGCCGGCCUCGGCAAGAGCAGCCUCAUGGGCAGCUACGGAGGCGUCUUCGUGGGCCAGGACAAGUGCGAUUGGAAUCGAAUGAUCACCGGCGACCAAAGCGGUCCCUAUGCAGCCACCGGUGGCUCCUCGUCCAUCAGUGCGAACCGCAUCAGCUAUGUGCUGGGACUGAAGGGUCCGAGUGCAACAAUGGACACGGCAUGUUCGUCGUCCUUGGUUGCAGCGGACACUGCCGCAGUCACUCUUCGACGCAGAAGAUCCGAGUUGGCAGUGGUGUGCGGUGUGAACAUGACUUUGCUUCCGCAGACUUUCGUUGCCUGCUGUCAGGCCCAAAUGCUCUCAAAGAGUGGACGGUGCCGCACCUUUGAUGACACUGCCAGUGGAUAUGCUCGCGGUGAAGGCGUGGGUGCCCAAGCCCUGGAGCGUCUCGGAAGUCAGGUAAGCGCAGGCCCAGAUGCAGGGCUGUUGGCAGAGCUGCAUGGUUCAGCUCUGAACCAAGACGGACGAAGCUCGAACCUCACCUCGCCCAACGGCCCAUCACAGCAGGCAGUGGUGUUGGCUGCACUUGGAGAAGCCCAAGUCCAACCGGCUCAGCAUGUCUGUGUGGAGACCCAUGGUACAGGCACAGCCCUUGGAGACCCCAUCGAAGUCGGAGCUUUGAAGGCGGUUUUGGGAGGCGCCAACCGGCUCCAGACGGUGCAGCUCGGCGCGGCGAAGACCAACGUUGGCCACUUGGAGGGUGGUGCGGGGAUGGUCGGACUCACCAAGCUGGCGUCGAUCCUCUCCCGCAACUGCUUGCCGGCCAAUCUGCACCUCCGCGUCAUGAACUCCCAUAUCUACGAUGACAUGGAAGACUUCCCUGUGAACUUUGUUUCGGAUGCAUGCCCCAGUCAAGCGAUAGCAGCUGCCUCCGUGUCCUCCUUCGGUUUCGGCGGCACCAACGGACAUGUUCUGCUGGUCCGGCCAGAAACUUCUAAAGCAGGACGGGCAGCUGUGAAGCGCUCGGCGGCCGACUUGGAGCGUCAGGCCUACCCCUGGCGGGAAGCCAGCCAUCCCCUGCUGAAGCGGCGAACCACGAGAGCAGAUGGAGCCACCGUGUUCAGCUGCUCCUUCGGCGGCCAUGUUCUCGCUCUCCUCUCCCACCACAUCGUGCACGGCGAGGUUGUCGUUCCCGGCGCGUGCUAUUUGGAGAUGAUCGUCGCCGGAUGUACGACCUUUGUAGGCAGUGAAGCUUGGUGUGUGGAGAAUCUCGGAUUCGCAAAGCCCUUGGUGCUGCGGCUCCUGCCAGACGGAUCCUUGGAGGAGCCCACAGAGAUGCGCUUGGUCCUACGCCCGGAUGGACGGCUUGAGGUGGAGAGUGAGAUCGGCAGCGACCCUGAGGACAGCAUCGUCUCGGUGCAUGUGGAGGCAACACUGGUGAUGAAGUCCGGCGGCUGGGUCAAGACGAACCGACCAGAGCAGGACGGCUUUGACCUGAACCAGCUCCGAACGCAGUGCCCAGAGCCCGUGGACAUUGACCUCAUGUACUCGUUCGGCCGCAAGAGUGGCCUGCCGCUCCAGCCGCGCUUCCGUACCGUGCGACAUGUGCAGAAGGGAGACAAAGAGUCGUUCGCGCGCCUGGAGAUGGAGAAGGAUGGAACUCACGUCGGCUUCUGGCUUGGGCCCUCGCUGAUUGACGGUUCCUUCCAAGCAUCCAUGGCACUGGCGGAUGCGGCGACGGGAAUUGGCACCCUGAAAAUUCCGCUCUCUAUUCGACGGCUUCAGCCGUGCGGCCGGCCGUUUUCUAUCGGUGUGUGGUCAUAUUUCCAGCUCAUCGACUUCACUGACAAGUCUACCGUCUUCCGCUCAUGGCUCCUGAACGAUGCAGGUGAGGCAUUGCUUUACUUCGACCACGUCCACCUGCAGGAGGUUCGUGAUGAGCACAUUCAGAAGGUGUUGCAGGCCUCGGGACGCCAAGGCAUGGAGCAGCAGAUGCUGUACGAUGUCAGCUGGCGAUCGACUCCGGUUCAGGACCCUGCCGCGACGUCCGCGUUCCGGUGGCUGCUCCUCGGCAGCUCCUCCAGCCUCCAAAAGCUGAAGGCGGCCGAGGCAGAUCCACGGUGCCGAUGUGCGGAACUGGACCUGGACGGCGAGGACCUGCCUGCGCUGCUCACCGAAGAGGCGUGGACCGCCGUGAUCCUCGCCGAUGGCUUGAUGGCCACGGAUGCCAGCAACAGCGCUUGGGCUGCGUCUCCUGCAGACUCCGCUGCUCCAGGUGGCGAGCACAGCGACGUGAGUGUUCUGGAGCGUGCUAUGGUCCUUACCAAGGCAGCUGCGAAGUUGGGAAGCAAGGCUCCCUUGGUGGUCUUGCCGACCUACGGAGCCCAGCCGCUGGCAGCAGAGCAGAGUGAGAAGCGACGGCGAGGUGCGCCGGACCACAGUGGCCUGUGGGGCUUCGCGCGUGCUGUGCGAAUGGAAUAUCCAGGAGCACUCCGGAUCACAUGCGUUGACCUGGACGCAAGCAAAGAAUCGGAUGCCUGGGCCCAGCUCUCCACGGACAUUUUGCCGGCCUUGCCAGCAGAGGAAGAGGAGAUCGCGAUCCGAGAUGGAGAGAUGAGUGCCGCAAAGCUGGCGCGAUCUGUUGUGAAGUAUACCGGAGCAGUGCGACUGAACAUGCCUGCUCGUGGAUCCCUCACUGGUCUGCGAGUGGUACCUCAAGCCGACACUUCCGUACGAGCGGCAGCAGCACCAGGGAUGGCACAGCUGCGCAUUCGUGCCGUCGGUCUGAACUUCCGUGAUGUCUUGAAUGUCAUGGGGCUUUACCCCGGCGAUCCGGGUCCACCUGGUGCAGACUGCGGUGGCACAGUCAUCGGCCUUGGGGACAAUGUGCCGCACCUGCGACUGGCAGAGGACAUCUUUGGCGAGUCGCCCGGGUGCCUCAGCACAUACAACACAAGCUCCGCAGCCUUACUCUCUCCGAAGCCCACUUCCUGGACUUACGAGGAGGCCUGCUGCAUGCCUGUGAUCUUCGUCACCGUCGAGGAGGCCUUGGGUGACCUUGCGAAGCUGAAGCGCGGCGAGCGAGUCCUCAUCCACGCAGCAGCUGGGGGCGUGGGGCUGGUGGCCAUCCAGUACGCUGCCUUCGUCGGUGCAGAGGUCUAUGCCACCGCCGGAGCAGACGAAAAGCACGAAUUCUUGAGAGGGCUGGGUGUGAAAUACAUCACCAGCAGCAGAAAUGGCCAGAAGUUCGAGGAUGACAUGAAGCAGCUCCUUAAGGAGCAGGGAGUGGAUGGAAUCGACGUCGUGCUCAACAGUCUCAGCCACGAUGACUACAUUCCGCGAUCUUUGGCCUUGCUCCGCAAGGGUGGCCGAUUCAUGGAGAUCGGCAAGCGUGGAAUCUGGUCCCACGAGCAGAUGUUCCAAGCCCGCCCAGAUGUCAUGUAUGAGAAGAUUGCUGCAGACACGAUGAUGGAAAAGGAGCCAUGGAAGUACAACGCGUACCUGAAGAGGCUCUUAGAGCGCGUGGACGAUGGAGGGUUGAGUCCGAUCAACAUGCACAUCUUUGAUGGCAUGGAGAAGGGUGUCGCGGCCUUGCAGUUCCUCCAGAGGGCGAACAAUAUCGGAAAAGUCGUCAUCAGUUCGCCGAGUCGCUUGCUCUGCACUCCGGAGCAGAUGCCAGUCCUGUCUGGCGGCCUUGGUGCGUUGGGAGUGGUCACAGCACAGUUCCUGGUCGAGGAAGGUGCCAAAGCUCUGUGCCUCCUGUCGCGCAACGGCCAGCCAGCCAAGGAUGUUGGACCACAGUGGUCUUGGCUCCAGAAAUCUGCCGUGCAGCUCCGCAUCGAGAAAUGUGACGCUGGAAAGAAGGAGUCCGUGACGGCCUUGCGUGAUGCCCUGGCAGGAAGCACUCUGGGAGGUCUCCUGCACCUUGCUGGGGUGCUGGCUGAUGGGGUCCUGCCAAGUCUCAACCGCGAGAGCUUGGAUCGAUCCUAUGGCCCCAAGGUGCAUGGCCUCUUCAACUUGUGCCGUAUCCUGGAUUUCCACAAAGCGGCGCCUCACUUGCUCUUCUCCUCCACCUCGGCACUCUUCGGAUCGCCAGGCCAGGCGAACUAUUCGGCCUCCAAUUCCGUGCUGGACUCCUUGGCGCCCUUCUGGAGUUCGCAGGACCCGGAUGGAGGCGACUUCCUCUGGCGAAACGCCCGGUCGGUGCAAUGGGGACCCUGGGCCGAGGUGGGCAUGGCGGUGCAGGCAAACACGCUGGGACGUGCCAAGUCCAUGGGUGUCGGUGCUUUGACCAACGCCCAAGGCCUCGCCAUCAUGAGCAGUAUCCUCAGCAGCUCCAACCUCCUGGUUGGUGCCGUGCCGGUGCGUUGGGGCAAGUAUCUGAAGAGCGCCUACCCGCAAGUGCCCAGCUUCCUCAAGGACUUCGAAGCGGAAGCCAAGAAGGAGGCUGCCGAGGCUCGGGCUGCCAAGGGGGCCCCCGGCGACGGGGCUCUCGGAGCGCUCAGCGGUCUCAGCGGGCCGGAGCGCCUGGCGGCUGUUCUCAGCAGCCUCAGAGAUCUUGCUCGUGAGGUAGUCGAUUCUCCUGACCUGGAAGCCGACAAUCCUCUGAUGGAUGCUGGCAUGGAUUCUUUGUCAGGUGUGGAAUUCAGAAAUCGUUUGCAGACGGAGUUUGACGGUGUCAAUCUCCCGAACUCCAUGGUUUUUGAUUAUCCCACUAUCACCGAACUUGCUGGCUUCAUCGACGGCCAGCUUGGAGAUGCACCAGAAUCUUCGACGCCAGCCGUAUCCACGUCUGCAGCCCCACCGCAAGCGCAAGAGCCUUUCGUGGAACCGCUCAAUGCACUGUGCAAUGGAGGCUCUGAGACUGCGGCUAGCAAGCCAGUGUUCCUGGUACCAGGUGCAGGCAUGCAAGCGGGAAGCUUUAGAACCCUCGCCGCGCGCCUUGCCUUGGCCAGCUACGGGUUGAGCUGGCCCAAGAGUAUCCCCAGAGAAGAGUGGCCAAGCAGUCUCAAGGAGCUUGCCGAGCUCUUCUUCGAGGAGAUUCAGAAGGUCCAGCCUUCCGGCCCCUACAUUUUGGCGGGGCACUCCUUCGGCGCCAACGUCUGCUUGGAGAUCGCAGCCGUCGCUUCCUCGAAGGGGCAGCAAGUAUCUAUGGUAAUUCUGCUGGAUCCUCGAAGCUUGCUACCACUGCAAGUGGACGUGCAAGCAGCUUUUGCCAAGUCAGGCCUUGUCGAAAGCCUGGCGCUGCUGGCGCAGACUCUUCCGGGUGUAGAAGGAGCGCGCUAUGCAGAGCUCGUGGAAGCCCACGCCGGGGACGGAGACGAGGCCAUCAGGAAAGCUCUCAGUCCGGGUGCGCUAGCUUCCUUGGAGCAUGUGCAUGAAACCACGCAGUGGUACAGCGCUCUGCUUCAGCAGGGCGAGGCGCCCCCGGCUCUUCCAGGCACCAAAGUCGCGGUUCUGCGAGCCCCGGUGGCUUGGAAGUCGGCAAAGGCAAAUGAGACGACUGCAGAGAGGAUUGUGCGUGAGUUCCAAGCUCUCACCUUCCAAGAUGACAAGGAGGUUGCGAGCCAGCUUUCUUCCCUUUCUCAGGCUCCUGACGUACUCAAGGUGCCGGGCACGCACUUUAGCAUGCUCCACGAGCCGAACGUGAUUAAAGUGGCGUUCAAGGUCAUUUCAGCUUUGAACAGCAUGGAGGAGGAAGAUGAGGAGUAG